AUGAAUUCAAAUAAGGAAAAUAAUGAUACUAUUUACAGAAUUGAAGAUAAUAAUUUUUUAAAACCAAUAUCUGAAGAUAGAAAAUUUAGAUUUAUUAAAUUAAAGAAUAAUAUUGAAUGUUUUUUAAUUUCAGAUAGUCAAUCUCAAGAAUCAGCUGCAGCUUUAAGUGUUGGGAUAGGAAGUUCUAUGGACCCAAAAUCAAUACCUGGUUUAGCUCACUUUUUAGAACAUAUAUUAUUUCUUGGAACAGAUAAAUUCCCAGAUGAAAAUCAAUAUUUUCGUUAUUUAGUUGAACAUGGAGGAUAUUCAAAUGCUGAAACAUAUGAUGAUCAAGCAAUAUAUUAUUUUUCUGUAGAGCCUACAUAUUUAGAGGGUGCAUUAGAACGUUUUAGUGAAUUUUUUAAAUCACCUAGAUUUAAUGAAUCAUGUUUAGAUAGAGAAUUAAAUGCAAUUGAUAAUGAAUUUAAAUUAAGACUUAAUUCAGAUAUAUGGCGUAUAGAACAAGUUCAAAGGUAUUUAUCAAAUUCAACUCAUGUUUAUAAUAAAUUUAUUGUUGGUAAUAAGGAAACUUUAGAAAUAAAUCCAAAAUUAAUGGGAAUUAAUGUACGUGAUGAAUUAAUAAGAUUUUAUACAAAUUAUUAUAGUUCUAAUAUAAUGAAGCUUGCAAUUAUUGGAAAUGAAUCUUUAUCUAAACUUGAAGAUAUUGUAAUAAAAUACUUUUCAGAUAUUAAAGAUAAGAAUAUAAAAUUUAUAAAUAUAAAUGAAACAAAUCCAUUAAAUACAUUAAUUGGUUAUUUAUUAAGAAUAAAAUCUAUUAAUAAUCAAAAAAAAUUAUCAAUAAUAUUUCCAAUAACUUAUCAAAUACCUUUAAAUGAAUAUGAUCCAUCUCAUUAUAUAUCUGAGAUGUUAAAUAGUAAAACAGAAGAUAGUUUAUUUGAAUAUUUGAAAUCAAAAAGAUGGAUUAAUAAAUUAAUUGUUAAUUGUUCAUCUUAUAAAUCUGGUUUUUCAUAUCUUUCAAUUGAUACUAAUUUAACGAAUGAGAGUAAAGAUAAUUUAAUUCCAAUUAUUAAUGCAAUAUUUUAUACUGUAAAAUUAUUAAAAGAAUCAAGAUUAGAUAUUAAUUUCUUUAAACAAUUACAACAAAUUACAGAUAUUGAUUUUAAUUUUUCAUCACAAAAAUCUACUAUAUCAUUAAUUCAUGAUAUAGUAUAUUAU